AUGGCAAAUGUAAGGGCAUCGCCAUCUGCUUCCACCAGCGCCGCCGCCGAACGGAACGAAAUUGUUUUGUUGGAAAGGUACCGAGUAGGCCGACUACUCGGGCGGGGAAGCUUCGCUAAAGUUUUUUACGCGAGGGCUCUCAAAGACGGCGCUGAGGUGGCCCUCAAAGUGAUCGAGAAAGGCAGCUCGCUGGACGCUGACAUGGCGGCAAGGAUACUGCGGGAGAUCGAAGCAAUGAGCAGGGUCAGGGGCCAUCCCAACAUACUGAAAAUACAAGAAGUAAUGGCUUCGAGGACGAAGAUCUUCCUGGUCAUGGAAUUCGCCAAGGGAGGCGAUAUCACUCCCAAGAUCACCGCCAAUGGCGGCAGAUUUCAGGAAUCCACGGCUCGCCGGUACUUCCAGCAGAUGGUCUCUGCCCUCUACUUCUGUCACCAGAAAGGCAUCUUCCAUCGAGACCUCAAGCCGCAGAACCUCUUGUUGGACGAAAACGGAGAUCUCAAAGUCUCCGAUUUCGGCCUGGCGGCUCUGCCUGAACAGCUAGUCGCCGACGGCCUGCUCCACACUGCCUGUGGCACGCCGGCAUUCACCGCGCCGGAGGUCUUCGCCGGCAGUCCCCGGCAAGGCUACGACGGCUCGCUGGCCGACGCUUGGUCCUGUGGCGUGAUUCUCUUCGCCUUCCUGGUGGGUUAUCUCCCUUUCGACGACUCCUACGGCAUCCCCACUAUGUACCUAAGAAUGCUUAGCCAAGAUUUCCAAUUUCCCAGCUGGGUUUCGAAGGAAGCAAAAUCCAUUAUCAGGAGAUUGCUGCAACCGAGUCCGAGUUCUAGAAUGAGCCUCGAAACCUUGAUGGCUCAUCCCUGGUUUAGGAAAUCACUUUCAUUAGACAGUUUUCAUGGUUACCAUCCAUUUCAUGGGGAUGGUAUACCCCAAGUUGCACCCCCAUCGACCUUCAUGAAUGCUUUCGACUUGAUCAAUUGUAUGUCCACUGGGUUGGAGGGGCUUGUCUUGCCAUCGAUGAGUAACUACAGAGAGAGAAGGUUUAUAUCAAAAGCAUCGGUGGAGGCCAUAGAGCAAAGAAUGGCUGAAGUGGGCGAGAAGAUGGGGUGCAAGGUGGACAAAGUGGGGGGAAGAAUAAGAGGGUUUGUGAGGGGACAGCCAGUUCUUAUGGCGGAAAUUUUAAUGCUGAUGCCGGAGCUGGUGGUGGUGGUGGUGAAGAUCGCUGACGCCGCCGGAGUGGAGUUUAAGGAGGAGGAAUUCAGAGGUGGGCUGGAAGGCAUAGCUCUUUCUUGGAACAAAGAAGUUUCUUGA